AGAGUCACCCGCCUCUGCUUCCUAAGUGCUGGGAUUAAAGGCAUGUGCCACCACUGCCCAGCUACUAAAAUUUUCUAAAUAAAAGUUUUUAAGAGGAAAAAAGGCAUGUGUGAAAUCAAUAUCAAACACUAAAUAAAUGAACAUUUCUAUCAACACGGGCUAAUUCUACUGGAGUAGAAUUGUGAAGUUUGCCUUAAAAGUUAUUUAGACACACUUCCGUUUCAGAGAGAAACAAUGGAAUACAAAAACACCUAUAGCCCUGUCAAGUUCCCCAGGAAAAGGUAAGACAACUCCUGGUUUGCUACUAGAAGCUGUUUGGCCACUGAACUUUGAAACCCCCGAACUCCUGCCUUCAAGAAAGUAUAGGAACAGGACCUAGGAGACAAAAGAAAACCUUUGUAAACAGAAAUUAAAGCAGACCCCCCUAGUACCCCGUGUCCUAUUUUACACCACUGUUAACCAGCAAAGCAGAACUACCUUCCCUUUUUAGUUCGCGGACCUGAUCCUCGAAGCUGCCUGGUGCGGUGGCACCAGGGUUCUCCCACCCAGGUCCUCUGAGAGCAUCCCGCCCUGUCUUGCGGAUCCGCGAGCUCUGUCCAGACCUAAGGAACAGCUGUUGGGUUUAAUUGGCGGAGGGGGGGGGGAGCCACCCCGGCCCCGCCCCUCGCCCCUCCCGACCCCACGGUCCUACUUAGGGUCCUGGGGUCGCUCCCUAGCGGCUCAGAAAGCUGAGGCUGCUGCUCUGCCAGCACCUGGCUCCGGGGCCGCACCCGCCCUCCACGCUGAGAAUGGACAGCAGGGCGCGGAGCUCCUCCAGAGAGGCCCACGGGCGAGGUGGCAGAUCUUCUUCUAGGGAGGACAAGAGGGCGAAGGCCGGGAGGGGCAGCGGAGGCCGCACGCGCCCGGAUGCUGGGUCAGAGCGGCGGAGAGCCGGGCGGACCGGGACCCGGGGAGAACCCCGAGUCGCCGCCGCCGCCGCCGCCGCCGCCGCCGCCACCACCGCCACCGCCAGCGCCACCGUAGUGGACGUGGACGAGGUUCGGGGCUCUGGUGAGGAGGGCACCGAAGUGUUGGCGCUGCUGGAGAGCGAGCGACCAGAGGAAGGUGUCAAGCCCUCUGGGUUCGGAGCCUGUGAGUGGCUGCUUGUCCUCGCCUCCCUGUUCUUCAUCAUCCUAACUUUCCCUUUCUCCAUCUGGUUCUGCAUAAAGGUUGUACAAGAGUAUGAAAGGGUAAUUAUAUUCCGACUGGGACAUCUGCUCCCUGGAAGAGCCAAAGGCCCUGGCCUGUUCUUUUAUUUGCCAUGCCUGGACACCUACCACAAGGUUGACCUCCGUCUCCAGACCCUGGAGAUACCUUUCCAUGAGGUGGUAACCAAAGACAUGUUCAUAAUGGAGCUAGAUGCCGUCUGCUACUACCGCAUGGAAAACGCCUCCCUUCUCCUGAGCAGUCUCGCUCACGUGCCCAAAGCCAUCCAGUUCCUGGUGCAAACCACCAUGAAGCGCCUCUUGGCACAUCGAACCCUCACGGAAAUUCUCCUGGAGAGGAAGAGCAUUGCCCAAGAUGUAAAGGUUGCCUUGGAUUCAGUGACCUGUAUUUGGGGCAUCAAAGUGGAAAGAACUGAAAUUAAGGAUGUGAGGCUGCCGGCUGGUCUUCAGCACUCUCUGGCUGUGGAAGCUGAGGCUCAGAGACAGGCCAAAGUGCGGAUGAUUGCUGCAGAAGGGGAAAGGGCUGCUUCGGAGUCCCUGAGGAUGGCAGCCGAGAUUCUGUCGGGCACCCCAGCUGCUGCUCAGCUUCGAUACCUGCACACUCUGCAGUCACUGUCCACGGAGAAGCCAUCCACUGUGGUUCUGCCUUUACCGUUUGACAUGCUAAACCUCCUGUCUUCUCCCAGCAACAGAACACAAGGGAGCAUCAACUACCCAAGUUCUUCCAGACCUGUUGAACCACUAAACCCCAAAAAGAAGGACUCUCCUAUGUUAUAGGGGUGAAUGGGGCAAAACACAAUGUGAAUCUGCCAUAGAAAACCAAAUCCCCGAGUGAGGCGUUCAGUCCUUCCUGCCCUUGUUUGCUGGCCAAAUAGAAGGCAUUUCGUGUGUGUCACAAGAUGGCCACGUGGAUGAGAGCACAGUGAGAUGGCGGUGGCUAAGAAGGCAUCUCACUUGUCGUAAUUACAGGAAAGAGACGUAGACUCUCGACUGUGUGUGUGGUUCAAGUUUGAUCUCUGAAGACCUAGUUCAGAUGUCGUCCCCUGCGUCUUACCUGUCCUG